AUGGAGCAUAUGGUAGAUACUGACAUUACUUCCACUAAUGGUUUGAGAAAUCAAAACGAGAGUUAUGUGCCUUUUGAUAUCGAAGAUGACAACACCAUUGAAAGAUACGACCGCACCACUGAUGGCCUUAAUCACAUUGACUACAAUCCCACAUGUAGGAAAACUGCAGAAAACGUUAUUUCUGUUGCGGAUGUGCUGAAGACUCUGUUUUUUAUAUUGGUUUGGUAUACUUUCAGUACAUUCCUUACACUGUACAAUAAAACUUUGUUAGGGGAUAAAAUGGGGAAAUUUCCUGCCCCACUAUUGAUGAACACUGUCCACUUUACCAUGCAAGCUGUGUUGUCCAAGGCCAUUACAUGGUUUUGGUCUGACAGAUUCCAUCCCUCUGUUAUGUCAUGGAAGGAUUACUUUGUCAGAGUUGUACCUACGGCUCUCAGCACAGCAAUGGAUGUAAAUCUAAGCAAUGCAUCCCUGGUUUUCAUCUCCGUCACAUUUGCCACCAUGUGUAAAUCGGCGUCUCCAAUAUUUCUCCUUCUUUUUGCCUUUGCUUUCAGAUUGGAGUCUCCAAGUGUUAAGCUGCUCGGCAUUAUCUUAGUCAUUUCAGUUGGGAUCUUAUUAACAGGAUCUCUCCGCUGUGUUAACACCGAUUGGUAA